GUUGCUUCGAUGCCAUAUAGGGAGAGAUGAAGAAUCACAGAUCCAAUUAAAGGGAGAGAGACCCAGACACACAGAGACAGAGAUCUCUACAGGGAGAGAAAGAGAUGGGGUGCACGUUUUCAGGCCUGAAUGCUCUAUACGACGCCGUGAAUGGUGGAGGUGAUGUAUGGAUCAACGAAAACAGGUUCAGGGUAGUGAGGCAGCUUGGUGAAGGUGGCUUCGCUUACGUGUUCCUAGUCAAGGAGAUCUCCUCCGAAUCAGGUGUUGGUGCCGGUUCUGGUGGUCUAGCCAAGAAAGUCAAGGACCCAUCUCAUCUCUCUGAUGAUGGCACUUAUGCAAUGAAGAAAGUUCUCAUUCAGACCAAUGAGCAAUUAGAGUUGGUACGGGAAGAAAUUCGUGUCUCAUCACUCUUUAGUCACCCCAAUCUUCUCCCACUUCUGGAUCAUGCAAUAAUUGCUGUUAAGGCCACACAAGAGGGAUCUUGGAAGCAUGAAGCAUAUUUGUUAUUUCCAGUUCAUUUGGAUGGAACAUUAAUGGACAAUUCCAAUGCAAUGAAAGCUAAGAAGGAGUUUUUUUCUACCUUGGAUGUUCUUCAAAUAUUUCGUCAGCUUUGUGCAGGACUUAAGCAUAUGCACAGUCUUGAUCCUCCAUAUGCACAUAAUGAUGUCAAACCUGGUAAUGUUCUUUUAACGCAUAGAAAAGGACAGCCACCUCUUGCAAUUCUGAUGGAUUUUGGGAGCGCUCGAACUGCAAGGAGGCAAGUUCGCUCUCGUUCGGAGGCACUACAGUUGCAGGAAUGGGCAUCUGAGCAUUGUUCUGCACCCUUCCGAGCUCCAGAGUUGUGGGAUUGCCCAAGCCAUGCUGAUAUUGAUGAGCGAACUGAUGUUUGGUCCCUAGGCUGCACUUUAUACGCGAUACUGUAUGGGAUGUCUCCGUUUGAGUAUGCACUAGGAGAAUCUGGUGGAAGUCUGCAGUUGGCCAUUGUGAAUGCACAGAUUAAGUGGCCAGCAACAGGACCUAAACCUCCUUAUCCUGAAGCUCUUCACCAGUUUGUGACAUGGAUGCUCCAGCCACAGGGCACAGUUCGCCCUCGCAUAGAUGACAUCAUCAUUCAUGUUGACAAGUUGAUCGCGAAGUAUUCUCAGUGAGGUAAUAUCGAAAUGAGAUUGUUCAUUAGGAUGCAAUUGUCAGCAGCGCAAACUUCGACAUAUUGGCUUAGACACAUCCGUUGCUGCACUUGUCUAUUAUGCUUGUGAUACUGGGAGUGAAAGAAAUAGCAGGUCCGUGUUAUACAUAGGUGAUUGCAGUAGUUUUGGCAGUUGUGAAUUGGUCUCCCAGCCCUCGUAUUGUUUUUAUUACUAUUUAUGACCUUCAGAUCCCUCGUUCACUGAAUAAACGAAAGGGAAAUUUGUCAAUUGCCUCCAUAUUUGUCAAUUUUCAUGUGUUGGUAUCAGAAGAGAAAUUUUUUUACUA